AAUUUCUGCUUUUUUUGUCAGAAUCCUUGGUCCAACAGCUCUUCAGCAGUAUGCGGAGAAGAGGGUGGGUUUACCGAGGAAUAGUCGGCCAUUAUACAACCUGGCCAUGUCUGGUCUCGUUAUCUGCUUCACAGGCUUUAGGAAGAAGGAUGAGUUGAACCGGUUGAUCAUGUUGAUCCAUAACAUGGGUGGCAGCAUACGUAGGGAUAUGGUGUCGAAAGUUACACAUCUAAUAGCCAACUCCUGUGGAGGUGACAAGUACCAAUAUGCUGUGACAUUCCGUGUGCCUGUGAUGAGUGAAACGUGGGUACAUGACAUGUGGGAGAAACGAAAGGAAACCACCGUUUCAGCUGCAAGCGAAGAAAUGAUGAGUUACAAGCUGAAGCCGUUCCAUGGAGCCCGAGUGUGUUUCUUUGGUUUCCCGGAUGACGAAACGGAGCACAUGAAGGAGGUGUUGCAGGAGAAUGGCGGAACAGCAGCAGAGCUUGAAGAUCCCUCCUGCACCCAUGUGGUUGUGGAUGAGUCGGUAGUGCAGAGUGUUCCCGAGAAGUCACCUGUCAGGGCCCCCAUCGUAAAAGCCGAGUGGUUUUGGGCGUCUGUUCAAAAUGAGGGGUCUGCAGAUGAGAAGGAUUAUCUCUUUGAAGAUUAUCUUGAGACAAUGCUUAGCCCAAGUGGGCGACGUAGUUCGCAGACCCCUACCACCUCAACAUUCUCGUUACGGGCUCGGAAGAGAAAGAGGUUACGUGAAGCUAUGUCGAAACUGGUACAGAAUGAAUCGCCGGCUCUGCACAAAAGGCGGUCGUCUGUCAGUGAUGCAGGCCUGCUGAGCACGAGUGGCUCCUUCUUAGACUGCACCAUCAGCCCUGAAAAGCAGCCUGAUGAAGUAGAAGCAGUAAGAGGUGAAACACCAAGGAAGAUCCAAAGUCCGAGACACCAAGUGUUCGCAGAAUUGGUUCAGACAGAGUCUAACUAUGUGGGUAUUCUUCAUACCAUCAUGUCUAUGUUUAAGCAACCUUUGGAAGACUUGAGCGAAUCAGAAGGCCAGUUACUGAACAACACAGAACUGAAGAUCAUCUUUGGAAAUCUUCCUCGUAUCUAUGAAGUGCAUAAACAAAUGUUGGAGGAGCUCUGUUGGAGUGCAUCUAACUGGAAGGAAGACUUAAGCAUUGGAAAGGUGUUCCUUAAAUAUGCACCUGACUUGAUAAAGGCAUACCCACCAUUUGUUAAUUUCUUUGAGAACACCAAAGAGAUGCUGGUGAAGUGUGACCAGACAAAGCCACGGUUCCAUGCGUUCUUGAAGAUCUGUCAAACUAAACCAGAGUGUGGUCGGCAGAGCCUGCAGGAGCUUUUGAUCCGCCCUGUUCAGCGCCUUCCUAGUAUCAGCCUUUUAUUAAAUGAUAUUCUUAAGCACACCAAUAAGAACAACCAGGACUACAGUGCACUGGAGCAAGCUCUGAGUAGCAUACGAGAAGUGAUGACUCACAUUAACGAGGACAAGCGCAAGACUGAGGGCCAGCUUGUUAUGUUCGACAUUUUCAAUGAUAUAGACAACUGCCCUGCCCAACUGGUAUCCUCGCAUCGCAGUUUUAUUGUACGCUGUGAUGUCGUAGAACUCAGUGAUGGUCUGAGUGGUCGUGGGGACAGUCUAGUCUUCUUCCUGUUCUCAGACAUGAUGGAGGUAUGCAAAAAACGCUCAAAGGCAUUCAACUCUUUGAAAAGUCCUAACACCACAAGUACCUUGCCUUCUACGAAGCUGAGUAACGGGAAACCAUUUAAACAUAUUCGCCUUGUUCCCUUGUCCAAUAUCAAGCGAGUGAUUGACAUCAAGGAAGGAGAGGAUUGCCAUAAUGUGUUUGCAUUGAUGUGCCAAAGUAACCAGGAAAUGAAAGAGAAGUUGUACUCAUUUACUUUGGCAGAUGAAGAGACGGACAAACUUUCCUUUCUCAGGAUCCUGUGUCGCCAAAUGGCUAACACAGUCUGCAAAGCAGAUGCAGAGAAUUUCCUCACUUCGCUGGACUCUCACCAAUUGGACAUUGACACCAGUGAACUGACACUUGGGACUCUGAGUAAAGCAUUGAAAUUUGCUUCUAGGACGAAAAUGAAAGUGGGCCGAGCCUUUAGUUUCAAUAAGACUCCUAGCAAGUUGAAACGAGCAGUUUCAACAAUGAUGAGUCCAUUUGGUAGUACAACAAACCUUACCCCAGCCUCACAACUUGCGCAGAUGAGGCUUGCCAGCUGCAAUAACCUUAAUGAAUUGGAAAACUCAUCAGUUAAGGAAGAGUCUUCAUAUGUUGCUCCUAUGUCUGUGCAGCCAAUAAGAAAAAACAAAUGUUCAUCCCUCAGUGCAGCUGCUCUGCAAAGGUUAUAACAGAGUGGCUAUCUUCUGCAACAUGGCUUAGAUGUAUUGAUGUAGUUAUAAAGAUGAAUUUAUGCACAACCAGUUUGUGUGGUUGCAAUCAAAAUAUCAAUUCAUAUCAAAUGGAAAGACACUGGGAAUGUAAUUAAAGUGAAUAAAAAUGUAAACUAGAAGGGUCACUCCAAAAGUAA